UAAAUUACUAAUUUCUAUUAUAAUUAUUGGAGAUCAAAUGGGUAGUAGGAUGAAAAGGGUUUGUGUUUUCUGUGGAAGCAAUGAAGGUUAUAGAAAGAUAUUCAGUGAUGCAGCUCUUGAUCUUGCUACACAACUGGUUGAUCGAAAAAAGGACCUAAUAUAUGGAGGAGGAAGUGCUGGCCUCAUGGGUUUAGUUUCUCAAGCUGUCUUUCAUGGUGGUCGUCAUGUUCUUGGAAUUAUUCCAAGAGCACUAGUUCCAAUUGAGAUAUCAGGGCCUGGUGUGGGGGAAGUGAUGAUUGUAUCAGAUAUGCACGAAAGGAAAGCCAACAUGGCUCGUCAAGCUGAUGCUUUCAUUGCUCUUCCCAGUGGAUAUGGAACCUUGGAAGAGCUGCUUGAGAUCAUAACAUGGUCUCAACUAGGUUUUCAUCACAAGCCUGUUGGAGUUUUAAACACGGACGGGUAUUACGAUUUGUUGCUAGGAUUGUUCGACAAAGGAGUGGAGGAAGGUUUCAUUUAUCCUUCGGCAAGAAACAUUGUCAUCUCUGCCUCGACUCCUUCCGAACUACUAGACAAGAUUGAGGAUUAUGCAUCAAUGGUCGGACCAAGUGAUGAUGAUAGCAGCAACAGCCGAGGAACAACAGGGGAGGCAAACUGAAAUCUAAAAAAACAAAUUCAUUGCAUCCUUCUCUUCUUUUACUUACUUACAAUUAUCA